CAGACAACACUUACUGGGAGAAAAUUGAUCCCACUGUGAGAGAUCCAGCCAAAGACCAGCACUUUUCUCCCACCCUUCCCUUCACAUAUAUGGAUCAAUAACAGCUUGAAUCCGGAUUAUAGUCCUAUACACUGAGGGUAUAUAGAAAUAUAUACCUGGUACCUGCACUAUGGCAAGGUGGAUUUUAUCAUGGGAUUGCUGGAUAACCUCAUUUUUAGUGAUAUCCCUGCAGGGGCUGCACACAGCAAGAACAGAUUCUCCAGUUGAUGUUUUACAAGCACUCGAACUCAGGGAAGGCAUUGAAGGAGUUACAAUCGCAGCUGGACUUUGUACGCAGAGGCAAGGGAUCGAAGAGACGGACAUUGCUUUCCGUUUGGAGAACAGAACUCAUUUUAGUGCUCCAACCAAGCAGCUAUUCCCAGAUGGACCUUUUCCACAAGACUUCUCCAUCCUCACCACUCUCCGAGCCAAAAAGGGCUCUCAGUUCUUCCUCCUCUCGAUUUACAACGACCAGGGCGAACAACAGUUGGGUGUAGAAAUUGGCCGCUCUCCUAUUUUUGUAUACGAAGAUCAAGAUGGCCGCCCUAGCCCGGAAAACUACCCAUUCUUUAAGAAGAUCAACUUGGCAGAUGGCAAGUGGCACCGGAUAGCUUUGAGUGUAGAAGGAAAAAGCGUGACAAUGAUUGUCGACUGUGAGAAGACUCAGAGCCAUGACCUAGAUCGUGGCGACAACCCCAUCAUCAGCACAGAAGGAGUCACCUUGUUUGGAACGAGAUUGCUUGACGAAGAAGUCUUUGAGGGGGACAUCCAACAGCUGAUGAUCGUCCCGGAUCCAAAAGCCGCCUCUGAAUAUUGUACCAGUUACAUGCCCAGCUGUGAUUCUGCGCUAAUCUACGCCGUGCAAGACCAGGACCCAGAAUUCCCUGUAGAGAGCACCACAGAACCUGUCCCGAGAAAAAAGGACAGGAAAGGUAAGAAGUCCUCUAAAAAGAAGGACAGGAAGGGCAAAAAGAAGAAGAAGAAGAAGUCUGUUGCUGAACAGAUACAUCCCGUGCUUGGCACUAUCAUGACCUUGACCCAAGGAUACCCUACGUCAUCCGUUACACAGACGGUCCCCGUAGUCAUGACAGAGACAAGUCCCAAGGCGAAGCCUACAGAGGAUCCCAUUUUCUCUGAAUAUGACUUACCAGAAGACUAUUUUUAUACUCAGUCUCCAGAAGAGAUCCCAAAGACCACAGUGACGGUCAGCCUCAAUGCCACUGACUAUGAGGAGAUAACGGAGGAAUAUGUUGUUGGAGAAGUAGAAGAAGACAACAGGGAAAGGGGAGAGGACUAUGAAAUCAGGGAGUAUGAUGAAGAAGACUACGAAGAAAGACAAGAGAGAUACGGUCCAGUGGAACGGGGUGACGUGGAAACCAAAGAGAGCGAAUUUAACGAAGGCCAAAGCACAAAAGGAGAGAAGGGAGAGCCAGCCAUCCUGGAACCUGGUACCCUGAUUGAGGGACCUCGGGGAGCUCCCGGUUACGCGGGAGAGCCUGGACCACCCGGACCUACAGGUCCAGUUGGACCCAUUGGAGAUCCAGGGGAAAGGGGUCCUCCAGGGCGUCCUGGACUCAAUGGAGCUGAUGGUAUACCCGGUCCUCCUGGAAACACUAUUUUGCUGCCCUUCCAAUCUGGAAGCGAUUCUCCAGGACAACCAGUGUCAUUUCAGGAAGCACAAGCUCAAUCAAUCUUGCAGCAAACCAAGAUGUCCAUGAAAGGUCCGCCUGGACCUCUUGGGAUGACAGGACGAUCUGGGCCACUUGGUCCUCCUGGGUCCCAAGGCGCAAAGGGUGAUUAUGGGGACCCUGGACCUCCGGGUCCACGUGGUUUCCAAGGUAUUGUAGGACCUCCUGGCAAGCUGGGUAAAAGAGGGCGAGCUGGAGCAGAUGGCGCACGGGGUGUUCCUGGGGAAACAGGAGUCAAGGGCGACCGUGGAUUCGAUGGUUUGCCCGGACUUCCCGGAGAGAAUGGACACAAGGGAGAUAUUGGCAGUCAAGGCCCACCAGGUCCACCUGGAAUGAAUGGAGAAAAGGGAUCCGGCGGGCAGCCUGGUCCAGCAGGUUCUCCUGGAGAAGCAGGGUCUCGGGGUUUAGUUGGUCCUCGCGGUUCACCCGGGCCUCCUGGUCAACCAGGUGUGAGUGGGAUCGACGGUAUUCAGGGGCCUAAAGGAAAUCAGGGUAUUCAAGGAGAAGCUGGACCAAAUGGACAACAAGGAAAUCCAGGACCUCAGGGUCUGCCAGGACCCCAGGGUCACAUCGGCAUGCCAGGGGAGAAGGGUCCAGCAGGGAAGCAGGGAAUUCCAGGUCUUGCCGGCUCAGAUGGACCUCCUGGCCAUCCCGGGAGAGAAGGAUCUCCUGGAGAAAAGGGCAUACAGGGUCUCCCAGGUGCUCCUGGUCCUAUUGGAUACCCUGGAACCCGUGGUGUUAAGGGAGCUUUUGGAGUAAGGGGUCCAAAAGGAAGCAAAGGAGAGAAGGGCGAAGAUGGAUUUCCUGGAUUUAAAGGCGACAUGGGGAUCAAAGGUGACCGGGGGGACCCUGGCCCUGUUGGAGUACGUGGUGAGGAUGGACCGGAAGGACCUAAAGGACAGUCUGGUCCGUUAGGAGAAAUUGGAGGAUCGGGAAUUUCUGGCGAGAAGGGAAAAUUGGGGGUACCAGGACUUCCUGGAUAUCCUGGUCGUCAGGGCGCCAAGGGUUCCACAGGUUUCCCUGGACCCAUUGGGGCAGCUGGAGACAAAGGCAAGAGGGGACGAGCAGGACAGCCCGGACAAGCAGGACAGAGAGGACCCUCGGGCUCAAGGGGUGAAAGAGGUCAGAAAGGUCCAACUGGAAAGCCAGGUCUCAAGGGAGAUAGCGGUAACGAUGGAGUCCCCGGAACACCAGGUGAAAAGGGUCCUCCAGGAAGUCAGGGCCCAGUUGGCUUUCCAGGACCCAAGGGACCACCAGGCAGCUCUGGUAAGGAUGGGUUACCCGGACAUGCAGGCCAGCGAGGAGAGCCGGGAUUUCAAGGCAAAACAGGCCUCCCAGGACCUGCUGGAGUUGUGGGGCCACAGGGCAAAUCCGGGGAAACAGGACCUAUGGGAGAAAGAGGUCAUCCAGGUACCCCAGGAUCACCGGGAGAACAAGGAUUACCAGGAGAGGCAGGACGGGAAGGGGCAAAGGGUGACCCUGGUCCUGGAGGGAUCCCAGGAAAAAGUGGACCUCAAGGAUUACGUGGAUUUCCAGGUGCCAGGGGCACUGCCGGUGAAAAUGGUCCAUCUGGUUUGAAAGGAGGAGAAGGCCCUCCGGGUCAGGCAGGGGCACCAGGUCCUGCUGGAGAACGUGGACCUUCUGGGGCAGCUGGGGGCAUUGGACUUCCAGGACGUCCCGGAGGACAAGGAACUCAAGGACCUGCUGGCGAAAAGGGUAACCCAGGUGAGAGAGGACCUAUGGGAUCUGCUGGCCAAGAUGGAGGACAGGGUAAUAUAGGACUACCAGGACCUGCUGGACCACCAGGACCUGCUGGUGAUGAUGGAGAUAAGGGUGAAAUGGGAGGACCUGGACAAAAAGGAGGCAAAGGAGACAAGGGAGAAUCGGGACCCCCAGGACCUGUCGGUAUUCAAGGUCCAAUCGGCCAUCCUGGUGUUCCAGGCCAAGAUGGAGAGCCAGGAAGGAGAGGUCAACAAGGAAUGCAGGGUCCAAAAGGUGACGAGGGUCAUCGUGGUUCCACUGGUGUGGCUGGACCAAGAGGACUUCAGGGUAUGCCUGGACCCACAGGGGAAAAAGGAGAGAGUGGGCAUGUUGGACCAAUGGGUCCACCUGGCACUGGAGGUCCAAGAGGUCCCAUGGGCCCCAACGGUGGAGAUGGACCACCAGGCAUGCCGGGAGGUUUGGGCCAACCAGGUUCUGUUGGAGAGAAGGGAGAGCCAGGUGAGGCUGGAGAUCCAGGACAGCCAGGAGAAGCAGGACCUCCUGGAGGUAAAGGCGAUGUUGGUGAAAAAGGGGAAUCAGGGCCUUCUGGUGCAGCUGGGAUACCUGGAAAGAAAGGACGUCCUGGAGAAGAUGGUCCAAAAGGAAACUUGGGUCCAAUUGGUUUCCCUGGAGAUCAUGGUCCAAGAGGAGAACCUGGGAUACCGGGUUUGGAUGGAGCGCCUGGAGAAAAGGGUGAUGCUGGAGACAGUGGAAACCCUGGACCACCUGGACCAUCAGGAGAACCUGGACCCAAUGGUGCACCAGGAAGGAGGGGGCCUUUGGGACUUGCUGGCAAAGAAGGAAGGCAGGGGGAGAAAGGAGCUAAGGGAGAACCUGGCACUGAAGGACUUCCUGGAAAGACAGGGCCAGUAGGACCACAGGGAUCACCGGGAAAAGCUGGAUCGCAGGGUCUGAGGGGUAUCCCAGGACCUGGUGGUGAACCUGGGCUGUUGGGAUCUCCUGGACAAACAGGACCUCCAGGCCCAAUGGGUCCUGCAGGAUUACCAGGAUUAAAAGGAGACCCAGGUGUAAAAGGGGACAAGGGCCAUGCUGGAUUAAUAGGAUUGAUUGGACCACCAGGUGAAAUGGGGGAGAAGGGAGACAAAGGACCACCUGGAAACCAAGGAGUACCCGGUCCCAAGGGAGAUGGAGGUCUUGUUGGAUCACCUGGACCCAAUGGCCCACCAGGACCUGGUGGCCUUCUGGGUCCUGUAGGACAAAAAGGAUCCAAAGGAGCUCCGGGCGUUAUCGGAAUCAGAGGUGAUCCAGGAUUAGCUGGACCACCAGGACCUCCAGGACCUGCGGCACGAGUCAUAGAUCCAUUGCCAUAUGAGUCAACAAGGAAGAGGCGUCGAGAGUCUGAGGUGGACCAAGCUGAUGAAGGAUACACUGAUUAUAUGGCAGAUGGGAUGGAAGAAGUAUACGCCACCCUUGGCUCCCUCAAAGUUGAGGUGGAGCAGAUGAGAUGGCCUGUGGGAUCCAAGGACAGCCCAGGAAGGACCUGCAAAGAACUCCAAAUGUGUCACCCUGACUAUAAAGAUGGAGAAUACUGGAUUGACCCAAACCAAGGGUGUAAUAGAGACGCAUUCAAAGUGUUCUGCAAUUUCACCGCGGGGGGAGAGACCUGCCUGCUCCCAGACAAAAAGUUUGAAUCGGUGAAAAUUGCAGCUUGGAGCAAAGAAACCCCAGGGGGCUGGUACAGCACAUUUAAACGUGGCAAGAAGUUUCAGUAUAUAGAUGCAGAUGGCAAUCCCGUCCACGUUGUCCAGAUGACCUUCCUUAAACUACUAAGCGCCACAGGUCGGCAAAAUUUCACCUAUAACUGCCAGCAGUCCGCAGCGUGGUACGACUUUUCACAAGGGAAUCACAAUCGGGCGUUGAAGUUCCGGGCAGACAAUGAGGAGGAGCUUUCGCAAAGCCGCACGCUUCAACUAAGGGCAUUGUAUGAUGGAUGCCAGAUCCGUAAAGGCAUGGAAAGAACUGUACUAGAGGUGAACACCUUCAAAGUGGAGCACCUUCCUCUCAGGGAUGUGGCCAUCAGUGACUUUGGAGAGAACAACCAAAAAUUUGGCUUUGAGCUGGGACCUGUCUGCUUCAAUGGUUAAAAAUGAAAACAAGAAGAAGAAACAGACUUUAAAAGAUAAGCCUCAUUAUCCAAGAACGAAAACAAACACGUUUCACAGCCAAUAAACUCAAGAAACAUUCACCGUUUGCCAUGGCCAAGGAGUUAUCUUUUAAUGUUUUUUUGUUAUGCAUUUUGAAAUUUUUUUUUUAACUGUGUUCCCAUUGAGGGUUUACCCUUGUAGGGUUUCAUAAAAUCAUAUAUUGGGGCAA